AUGACCGACCGGUUACGACUUGUCCGUAACGGUGUAGUCGCGGUAGGACCGGCGGGUACCGCGAUGAUUAACAGUAAUUGCGGCGGCGGUAUGACCGACCGGUUACGACGUGUUCGUAACGGAGUAGUCGCGGUAGGACCGGCGGGUACCGCGAUGGUUAACAGUAACAGCGGCGGCGGUAUGACCGACCGGUUACGACGUGUUCGUAACAGAGUAGUCGCGGUAGGACCGGCGGGUACCGCGAUGGUUAACAGUAAAGCGGCGGCGGUAUGUACUAUGUGCGACCGGUUACGACAGCAACGCGCCAGCAACGACGACUACGACGCAUAG